AUGGCUUCCGUUCAGGUCCAAAGAGAAGAAGCUUCUUCGCAAGCUGACGAGUCAAUAUCCCCAGUACAGGGCACCACCGUAGAGAUAACGGUGACAACACAUUCUUCAACUUCACGAAGCGAAACUAAGCAAAUCACAUCACAAGAGUCGCACGAUGAAGUAGUGUUGGUACAAGGGAAUAGGUCCAUCAUUAUCCUAACCGAACGUGAUUGUCCUGAAAUUCUCGCGUCAGCCUGGCCAAACUGGAAGAAAUGGAUGACUCUAACAAUCGUAUUUCUUGUCCAACUCUCUAUGAACCUCAAUGCCUCCUUAUAUGCGGAUGGGCAGAACGGUAUCAUCAGGGACUUUGGCGUGAGCCCGCAGGCCGCGGUCAGUGGAGCGGCCAUAUUUCUUGUGUUAUAUGCGUUUGGAUGUGAGCUUUGGGCACCGUGGUCCGAAGAAUUUGGGAGAAGGCCUGUGCUACAGGGAUCACUUCUCCUUGUCAAUAUAUGUUGUAUCCCUGUCGCCCUUGCCAAGCGAACUCGAAAUUUCCCGGCUAUCCUUAUCGGGCGUGCCUUUGGUGGGCUCUUUUCCGCGGGUGGAAGCGUCACGUUAGGGAUAGUUGCCGAUAUGUUUGCUUUAGACCACCAAGAACAUCCACUCGCGUUUAUUGUUCUGUCUUCGGUUGGUGGUUCUAUUAUCGGGCCUAUCAUUGGCGGAUUCAUCGAGGAGUAUUUGGAUUGGACCUGGACAAUUUGGAUUCAACUGAUCUUUGGAGUUUUUGUUCAGUUGUUACACUACUUCCUUGUUAAUGAAACCCGCUCCAGUGUGCUACUCGACCGGCACGCCAAGGCCACGCGUGAAUCGACGUUGGGCGAGACCCAAGAAUCCCAAGCGUCCCAGGAGAAGCCGAACGUCUUCGGGCCUAAUGAAGCCAAGACUUGGAGAGAGUACCUAGUUCCUAAGGAAUUGUGGUCUUUAUGGACGCGCCCUUUCCAGAUGUUUGUCAAGGAAAUGAUCGUCCUGGUGCUGUCAACUCUCUCGGGCUUCAGCGACGCCUUGAUAUUUAUGCAAAUCCAGUCGUUCGGUCGCGUCUUUGGAGUAUGGGGAUUUUCUAACAUCGAAGUAGGACUUGCUUUCAUUCCAAUUGGUCUCGCCUAUGUGCUUGGAUAUCUGCUCUUCAUCCCGGUAAUCCAUCGUAACCGAGCGCUCAGGCUAAACAAUCCGCUUAGUGAGCAUGCUCAAUACGAGUCUCGGCUUUGGUGGCUACUAUAUACUGCGCCAUGCCUACCUGUCGGAUUGUUGAUCUUCGCCUGGACGAGCACGCCCGCGGUACAUUGGAUUGCCCCGAUGAUCGGCUGUAUAUUCAUCGGCGUUGCUAACUAUACCAUCUACAUGACUACCAUCGACUACAUGGUAGCUGCCUAUGGUCCCUAUUCGGCUUCUGCAACUGGUGGGAACGGUUUCGCUCGGGACUUCCUCGCUGGGAUGUUAACGUGGGCUGCGGCGCCGUACUACAAUUCGUUCUCGUUCGAACAUGGUCUUCAAACAGCCAAUUCGAUACUUGCUGGUAUCAGCUUGCUCUUCGUCGCCGCAACAUUCGUUAUCUACUUCAAGGGUCCCUCUAUACGUAAAUGUUCACCGUUUGCUCAGUCUCUUGGUCGAAACAUAGGUGCUGCUACUAUACAGGUCCCUCCCACUACCACAAUUUAA